AUGAAGGUCGCCGCCGCCAUCGUCGCUCUUGCCCAGGCCAGCCCCGCCUGGCUCGUCGAGAACUGGUGGCAAGCCGCUCAGGAAGUCUACGCCUGGGCUUCCGCCAACCCCGAGGACUUCCGAAACGCCGCCGUCUCGAUGGGCAACCGAUACGACGCUCUCUGGAACUUCUGCAACGCUGACGGUUCCGAUGAGGUCUCUGGCGCUGAGUUCACUGCUUGCGCCGCCGCCGCUGCCAACCACUUCGGCAUGCAAGAAGGCACCAAGCAGUACCUCUACGACUUCGGCGUCAAAUACUGGGACGUCAUCGACCGAGACGGCUCCGGCGGCUUCAGCGAGAACGAAUUCAAGGGCGGCAUCGCUGCCUUCGUCGGAACCAACGCCAAGGUCCUCCUCAAGGCCUACGACUCCAACGACGACGGCAUCCUCUCCGGACAAGAACUCUCCGACUGGCGAGCUAUGUUCGAGACCCGAGCUGACAAGUUCGGCGUUGAUCUUACCCCCGAGAAGGUUCAGGCCAUGCAGGCUGCUUGGGCUGAUGCUCAGACCGACGGAGAUGCCAGCACCGGCACCCUCUUCGAGCUCGCCAAGUUCCAGCUCAACGUUUUCAACGGACUCCUCGCCUAA